AUGGGCCGCUAUUCGGGCAAGACGUGCCGGCUGCUCUUCAUGCUCGUGCUCACCGUCGCCUUCUUCGUGGCAGAACUGGUCUCGGGCUACGUGGGCAACUCCAUCGCGUUGCUCUCAGACUCCUUUAACAUGCUCUCGGACCUGAUCUCGCUGUGCGUGGGUCUGAGCGCAGGCUACAUCGCCCGACGCCCCAGCAGGGGCUCCCAGGCCACCUACGGCUACGCCCGGGCGGAGGUGGUGGGCGCACUAAGCAACGCCGUCUUCCUCACGGCGCUCUGCUUCACUAUCUUCGUGGAGGCCAUACUGCGCUUGGCCCGGCCGGAGCGCAUAGAUGACCCGGAGCUAGUGCUCAUAGUCGGCGCCCUGGGGCUGGCAGUCAACGUGGUGGGGCUGCUCAUCUUCCAAGACUGUGCCGCCUGGUUCUCCAGGUGUGGCCGGGGCCGCCGCCGCCGUAGCGAGCAGCAGCAACUGGCUGAGGAUAGCGUUCGCGGCGGUUUCGGGGGGCCCCAGGGCGCAGAGAACCGGCGGCAGGCCUCUACCCCGACAGCCCCCGGUACAGACUCGGCCGUGACCCUCCGGGUGGCCCCAGGAGAAAGGAAAGAAGAGAAGGGGGCGACAGUGUUCUCAAACGUAGCAGGUGAUUCCCUAAACACUCAGAAUGAGCCUGAAGAAAUGAUGAAAAAGGAGAAAAAGUCCGAAGCUCUGAAUAUCAGAGGUGUACUUUUGCAUGUGAUGGGAGAUGCCCUGGGGUCCGUGGUUGUGGUGAUCACGGCCAUCAUAUUCUAUGUGCUUCCCCUGAAGGAUGAGGACCCCUGUAACUGGCAGUGCUACAUUGACCCCAGUCUCACUGUGGUCAUGGUCAUCAUCAUUUUGUCAUCUGCCUUUCCACUCAUCAAGGAGACUGCAGCCAUCUUGCUGCAGAUGGUCCCUAAAGGAGUUGAUGUGGAAGAGCUGAUGAGUAAGCUCUCUAACGUGCCUGGAAUUAGCAGCAUACAUGAAGUGCACAUCUGGGAACUUAUAAGCGGAAAGAUCAUUGCCACGCUGCACAUCAAGUAUCAGAAGGGCAGGGGAUAUCAGGACGCCAGUGUAAAAAUUCGGGAAAUCUUCCACAACGCUGGAAUCCACAAUGUGACCAUUCAGUUUGAAAAUGUGGACUUGAGGGAGCCCUUAGAGCAGAAGGAUUUGCUCUUGCUCUGCAGCUCACCUUGCAUCUCCAAGGGCUGUGCAAAACAGCUGUGCUGUCCCCCUGGGGCACUGCCCCUGGCUCAUGUCAAUGGCUGUGCAGAGCACAAUGGCUAUCCAGCUCUGGAAGCACACCGAAGUGAUGGCCCCAGUGGAAGAGACAUGACGGAAGUGGCUAUUGAGGUGUCUUCAGACAGCUGUCUGAGUGGCUAUGGACAAGCUUUUAAAGGCACUCAGGAGGACCAACAUUGUGUAAACAGCACACAUUUUUAA